UAACACUUUGUGGCCUGCUUCUAUUUUUUUUCCUCCUCUAAGGCUGGAGGACUCCAUUUUGAAGGGACCGGGUGUGCAGCCAGAUCCUACACAGCAACUCGUCUCAGAAAAGGGAAACCCAUCUGUUUUUCUGGGGAGGAACCAUGCCAGCAUGAGUGGGCCUUACCCAGGCCCUGGCAGGGAGACUCAUCAGUCCAGCUGCCCGUUGACCCCCAGCCGUGACCUCUCCUCCCACUCCUGCGCCUCCAGACACCAUGACCACAGGAUCGGGCUAACCAUGUCUGCCGCCGCGUCCUCCCUCAAGCAUGCGUCCGUCUAUGGGUUUACACAAAGAGACCACUCCUCAUCAUCAUCCUCCUCUCCUUCCACCUACAGUCCUCUUAGGAGGCUGCAACAUCUCACCACCAUGGUGAGCCAGCCGGACCUGGUCCUGCCGGUGAGGGAGCCAGAGAGGAGCUGGGAGUGGGGGGGGAGUAAGAAGGGGAAGGGGAAGGGGAUGGAGAGGGACUCCUGGGCCGAUUGCACUAGCGGAGAUUAUUCUGGUACCCAGAACACAAGCAGGGGGGAGAGCUUUGGUGUCUCUGCUGCUGGACAAAAACAACCCGUCGUCCAAACUAGAAGUAGGGACGCGCCAGCAGCCAAUCGCGGCGAGCCCGUCGUGUCUGAGAAAAAGACGGAAGGUUGUUUCUCGGGCCCACCCAGCCCGGCCUUCUCUCUCGACAGCAACAGCCCCUUCGCUAACGGCUUCCUCCACUUUGAAUCCUCUUUGUUUGAGGACGACGACAACGAUGAAGAGCCGGAGACUGUGUCACCUCUGGGGGAAGGCUUGCAGGACAAACACGAGAAUGCGGGGAAGGUUCUCCAGUCCACUCCUGGACACUCGAACACGGAGUCCAAGGAUGGUACCGUCUCGUCAGCCAAAGUGGUCACCCGGUCCCAGUCCUCGGGUCAGCGCCGGAGAUACUGGGACGGCUCGGAUGACGAGUGGGAGAGCGACACCGAGCUGCUUCUGCUUGGGGAUUGUCCCCCAAUGCAUUCAUUGGCAAGUUUUAUCCUUAUUACUCCAAGUAAACAAAAGAACAGCCUUUCAAGGUUUUGUGUUUUUAGCAAUAGCAACACCUCUAUUAGGUAAACAAACACUUUUCUUUCUGGUUUUGAUUGUAAAAGUUCUUAAUGGUCCUCAGUCAAAGGAGUUUCCCCUCACUAGGGAAGUAUAGUUUAGUUUUCCACACACAAACCUCGUGCAUGACACACUAAACACCCGCACUGCCUUUCUCCUGUUGUAACAGAAUAUCGGUCCUUGUGAAUAAUGGUUGGGCACAGAUGAUGCACGGCUGCACAACCGAGCUCUGUCGUUGACAAAUAUGGUUGUUUUCUAUUUACAAGGAGCUAAAGAAAAAUGUCAAGCUUCUCCAGAGGUUUUCAAACUGAGGAGAGCUGAAGAGGGGGUCGUGGAGGGACAGACGUGAGGCUAGCAUGCUGCGUGAGGUGAAAGGGACAGGUGUAUGCCAACAGGAAGUUAGUUACUGUGGAUUGGAUGCUGAUUUGGCCUGUUCAUCUACAAGGCCUACAGGCUGCUACUGGAGGCAAUUAAAGGUACUUAAAAAGCCAUAGCGCGUGAUUGCAAAAAUCACACUCCUUCUCUCAGUCAUAAAGUGGUCAAAUUUGAACACAUGACAUGAUGCAUAUAUUUAUAGAUUCAGUGUGACUUGCGUCAACAUACCAUUUUAAAUUAAAUAUAUUGGUGCUGCAGAGAUGUCCUGGCCUCCAAAUAACAUUCUACAGACUGAAGAAAACAUCUUUGUUUGGUACAGAUCCCUGCAGAAAUCACGUUCAUCAAGUUUUUCAGUGAAAAUGUGAAUAAUAAGUCGGUCAAAGUAAUCGCAAUUCGAUGUUUUUGUUAAGAUUGUUCAGCCCUAGUGCCAAUUUGCCAAAAUGUAAACAAUUAUAGGCGAUAAGAAGGUGGCUUGUAGACUUUAUAUUUUCUGAUUACAUCCUCCAAAGCAUUAUGUGAGCUGUAGUUUCAAAAAUGAUAACAUGAUUAUCCCCCAAAUAGAAGUAAGACAAUUAACCUUUUGUGUGUUGCACUGUUUCGGGGACACGUUCCUAAUUGAAACUUGGCACUGCUCAAGAUGUGAUACUGAAUAUGAAGAAAGAGGACCGAGUUCAUAACUCUGAAGCAGCCGUUUCAGUUUAACUUUUCAAAAUCAAUGUUUCACCGUCUCCAGGAUAACGAGCACAUAUCAUCUGAAUGACAGAAUAGGACAGGUGAUUCAAGUAAUAGAGCUCCCGGGUCAGUCAAUCUAAACACACAGCCGACAUCAUGAUUGAAGCUUGUGUUGCAAAUAACAUUAAUGAUUGCUCCGUUCUAUCGCCGUGUCCCAGUCAAUGAUUCAAAACCCUUUUCUGCAGGGCCCCCCUUUUGUAGAAAAAUAUUUUCUGCUCGUGGCAUAAAUGGAAAAAAAUUAUGGUUUUACAGGUAAAGCCUGGAGAUUUAAGGCAAUGUGAGAUUACCAAGUGACCAGAGGAAACCCCAGGAAGUCACUGCUCCCAUAGAUAUCACAACUUGUUGUUUUAACGUUUCUGUUUUUGUGCAAAUUAACAAACGGAUAUAAAGUGUUGAUUAGUAAGCUUUAGAAGUGCUGUUAGGUGGAUUGUUUGGACUCUGGACAGAGCAAGGCUAGCUGUUCUUUCCUGUUUUCAGACUUUGUGCUAAGCUAAGCUAACCAGCUGCUGACUGCGCACAGAUAUGAAAGCAGUGUCGAGUCUUCUCAUAUAACUCUCAGCAACAAAGUGAA